GGCAUUUUGCAACAAGUAGUAAGUGUUUGAAGUUCAACCAGAUACAUUGCGUGUCAGUUCAAAAAAAGUGCGAAAAAAAGUGAAAAUAGAAAUGGCAAAAUUAUUAAAUGAAGUAUUUUGCAUGAGUCUUCAUACGGCCGGCUUUGUCAUUGGUGUGUUAGGAUGCAUUGGCUCAGUCCUGAUGAUGUUCAUCAUUGGCGUAGCUCUGUUUGGUGCCGACGAGUUGGCCAGAUCGUUUGCCAAAGAUGAAAUGGACAAGUUUGAACCCGUAGACGAGAGUAUGCAACAGAGGGAGGAGCAUUACCAUACAAUUAUUGUUAUUGUUUUCAGCUUUUUCUUAAUCAGUGUUAUCUGGGGUCUAAUUUCUAACAUUCUGCUCAUUCUGGGCACCAAAAAGAAUCGUGCCUCGUAUAUUUUGCCUUGGCUAAUUACCUCAGCUAUUGCCAUGUUCUUGACUUUCAUUUACAAAGUGUUUCUUUUCAUAAGGUUGGCAGGAUCUAACGAAAUGCAUUAUGCCCUAGUGGGUUAUACUAUAACUCUGAUCUUAAAUAUCUACAUUUUCCGCGGCAUAUUUUCGCUAUACAAACAUAUUCAGGAGAUCCAGAAACAAGAGCAACCUUUGAAUUUACAAAUUGACAAUGAGGCUGCCCAUCCGACUGAUACUUAUCCCAUUUACUCCAAACUUUAAGCAAUUUGAUGAAUAUUUUACACCACUUAUACCUCAAAAAUAUCUAUUGUUGUUCAUAUUAUCCAACAUAUAUACACAUAAGUAUAUAUUUUUUAUACUGUUUAACAAGCGGCUUGAUUUACGCAAAUUUACAAAUACAAACAAAUUCAAAUUUAUUUACUAAUAAAUUAAUGGGGUUAUUCCCAGAAAAUAUUAA